AUGAUAACAGAUGUGAGGAAGCAGCUGUGGUCCCUGGCCCGCAUGGCCCUGCUCGCUGUGGGGUGUGUGCUGACCUGCAUCGGGGCCUACCUGGUGCCCCUGCAGAUCGAGUACAAGUACACCGUGAGGGUCAUUCUUGCCUACAUCAUGAUUUUGUUCGGAAUCCUAGCUGUGCUCAUCGGAGUCUUCUGGAGCAUCUGCCACAGCAUGAAGAGCAAGAUUUACCAGAGAGGAGGACAUGAACAGCACAUGGACGUCUACACUAUCCAGAGACCAAGUUCCUUCCCUCCAUCCUACGAGGAGUCCCAGGGCAGCCAGGAGGGUCCUGACUCAGCGCCGGAGUUUGUUGUUGUGGUUGACGGGGUGGAGGUGGUGAUGAGCCUCGCCCCCCCUCUGUACAGCCAGGACAGUUCGGACCCUCCAGACUGCAGGUGGAGCAGGGAGCUGCCUCCUCCAUACAGUCAGGUGGAGCGUACUCAGCAGGGGGAGGGGGACGCAGGGGGGCAGAGGGAGGCCGUGGCCGAGCACUGA